CGCAGGGAGCUUUCUGGCUUAGCGGUCUACACAGAUAUUCCACUCAGCGGAUAUCUGGCUCCUGUAGCCUCUCCUGUUAUUACAUUAGACAGAAACGAUUGCUUUAGCUACCAAGCUGCCAAAGCGAGGAACAAUGGCCGCCUCUGUGAGCAGAAUCUAGAUUGCGCAGACAAUUUGUCUAUAUGUAUUUGAACUUGGAGUGGCAUGAGCUACUCAAAAUCACUCUGCCUUGGCAGCACUUCACCACUUGGCGUAUCGGCAAAAGAUGGUGAGAUUGAGGAGGUGACACGCGCAAAAUCUUUUCACUGAAACCCACUGUGUAGUAUUCCAGGACUGCGGCUUCUGGGAGAAUCUGGAAGAUGUAGGCACGAACCUCAACGUCGCUGCCGCCAACAGCGCAAGGACUUCUGUUUCACCCGCGGUCAUGGACUGAGACGCAGAGACAGUACAGCUAAAGACAGGUGGUACGUUAUCUUGUUCCUAGAAGUGCCAUGGAGAGACAGACGCAGAGAACAGUUAUCUUACCCACAGCACCAUCUUCCUUCCCUUGAACCGUUAAACCAACCAAUCCAGAGAUGAAGUUGGGGUUUCACCCGUUCCAUUACACAGUCUGGGCUCGAUUAAAAACUCACAUAGUAAAUCGACUGUAGGACCAAUUGUUUUAUUUUCAGAUUUUUAAAAGUGUUAUUUUAUUAUUCGGUAAUUCACGAUGAAAUUUCCAACGGAGAACCCAAGGAAACCAGGGAGCAACUGGAGUCCUCCGCCAGUGGCUGUACAGACCAACCUGGUAGCUCCAAAGAAGGUCCAGCCUGGCAUGCUGCAGACUAGUCUGGUGCAGGCCAGUGUGGCCACCAUGCAGAACCCUAUGGGCUGCUCCUUGCCACGUCUCUCUGUAUCACGGCCUGUUAGCAUGGUGGCUAGCAUGGAGGCGGUGGCGGAUGGCUCUGCCCUACUCUCGGUCAUGAAGUGGAAGACGGUGCUGGCUGUGUUCGUAGUAGUGGUGGCCUACCUGGUGGCUGGCGGUCUGGCCUUCCGUGCCUUGGAGCAACCAUUCGAGAGCAAUCAAAAAGACACGAUCACAGCAGAAAAAGCUGCGUUCCUCCAGAAGCACCCUUGCGUCACACCCAAUGAGUUGGAGGAGCUCAUUAAGCACUCCAUAGAUGCAUUCAGUGCUGGAGUGAGUCCAAUAGGAGACACCACUUACAACUUCAGCUACUGGGAUCUGGGCAGUGCAUUCUUCUUUGCUGGUACUGUGAUCACAACCAUAGGCUAUGGUAACAUUGCUCCGAGCACUGAGGGUGGGAAGAUUUUCUGUAUCCUCUAUGCCAUAUUUGGCAUCCCACUCUUUGGUUUCCUCCUAGCUGGCAUUGGUGAUCAGCUUGGGACUAUCUUUGUGAAGAUGAUCGCCAAAGUAGAGAAAAUGUUCAGGCAUAAUCACAACCAGAUCAGCCAGACAAAAAUCCGUGUGGCCUCCACACUGCUCUUCAUUCUAGCUGGUUGCAUUGUCUUCGUUACCAUCCCUGCUGUCAUCUUUAAACAUAUAGAGGGAUGGACUGCACUCGAGGCCAUCUAUUUUGUAGUAAUCACCUUGACAACUGUCGGCAUCGGUGACUAUGUUGCAGGAGGAAACAGAAGAAUAGAGUACUAUAAAUGGUACAAGCCUCUUGUGUGGUUUUGGAUCCUGGUUGGGCUGGCUUACUUCGCUGCUGUACUGAGCAUGAUUGGAGAUUGGCUGAGGGUCCUCUCCAAGAAGACAAAAGAGGAGGUGGGAGAGAUCAAAGCCCAUGCAGCAGAAUGGAAGGCUAAUGUGCGGGCGGAGUUCCGUGAGACGCGGCGUCGCCUUAGUGUGGAGGUCCAUGACAAACUUCAGCGAGCUGCCACUAUCAGGAGCAUGGAACGGCGACAGCUUGGCCUGGACCAGCGUGCCCACUCUCUAGACAUGCUCUCCCCUGAGCGAAGAGCUGCCUUCAACAUCCUGGACACCAACCACUUCAAAACCUCCUCCCAGGAAAGCAUUGACACCAAGCUAAACAACCUUCGUCUGCGGGUGGAGCAGAGUGAGCACCGAUGCAUUGACCCCAACCAGGCAUCAUCUGAGGACAACAUCUUUAACCGCCUUGGCUCCGUCACCAAGCUGGCCAAACGCAAUAAGAACCGGGAUCUGAAGAGGAACAUCCCAGGAGAUGGGCGCAGAGCCACGGAUUCAUUCUGUGGUGGGAACAGUACCAUGGAUGAAGAGAAGAAGGAAAUGGAGGAAGAAGAGUUGGAAAAGGAGGUCAACACCAGUCUGACCAAUUUGCCACUGUUUGUGGAGAGCCCCAAAUCUCAAAAUGGAUUCAUAAUGGUGCCACCACUGACCAAAGAAGUAGAGAGUGAGAAGACAUUUGAAGAUGGUGAGGAGUUUCAAAUUCAAAUGGAUGCCUAAAUUGGACAGAGGAGGAAAGUUGUUUUAGGAAAAUAUAAGUGCCUUAUUUCAGCCUUUCCUUACAGGAGAUCUGAAAAUCACACAUUUGAUGUUUGUCAAACUGCUGUGUCCUGACAACUUGAUUAAAUAAAUAUCAUGACAAGAAGCCUGAUGGAGACCAUGGCCAGUUCUUAGGAACAGAUCACUGAAUUGUGCUAAAAGGGACUAAAGAAACCAUUCUUUCAAAGUGUCAAGAAAUGCCAGUUUCAAACUGUAGCAAAUGUAUGACAUGUAUAUUGGUCUGAGACACUCGUUAAUGACUUAUUCUGAGCUCUCCUUCUAAACAGACUUUGGCACAGUACCCUAAGAUCAUUUAGCCAAAAAAGCAAGAGUACUGGAAGUGUCCUUCCAACACAUAGGGAGAGACUCAUCCACACAGAUUUAUUAUGUGUAUUUUCCAAGUUCAAUUUCCCCAAAGAUCAGCAUAAAAAUCUGAAGAGUUCACCAAGGUUAAAAAAUGUUGUAUGUGCAUGGUCUUGGAUAUUAAUUGUCCUCAAUUUGCUGUUCAUUUCAUGGGUACAACCAAUAAAAUCUCAGGGCUUAUGGUCUUGUCCUAGUUAUUCUGUGAAGUACCUCUAAUGUAUGCUGCAUUCACACUCAAAAAAAGUCACUUUCAUUGCACCAGUUUCAUUGCACCUGUGUGACUUCACAGCUUAUGACAAUGGAAUGGAAGCCAAGCCAAGCCAAGGUAGAAAAAACAAGUCAAACCAUGCCAUCAGAACAGACCAGGAUUGAUGUACCUUUUAGUCUGGUUUAAAGGCAAAAUUGUGUGUCCUCUGUUAAGUGUAAUCACUCUCUAUACAAACUACAUAUAAAUCAUUUUCACAUUAGCACUUUGACAAGCCAGAGCUUCAUUUUACUUCAUUUUGACUUGAAAUUCAUAUCAGUAAACUGUAAAACUAUUGUAAAACAUGUCUUUGUAUGAGUGUGUACAUACCUGUGUUUGUGCUAAAUUUGUGUUUGUGCUAAAUUUAAAUGCCACUGUCUGAUAUAUAUGGUGUCUAUCAUAUUGUAUUACACCAAAAAUUCCCUUACACAAAGUGGAGCAUAUCAGUACCUCCCUAUUGCAAACAUCUACACAUGUGUCACUAAAAUCACAUGGCUGUGAUGCAAUGUGCUUGUUGUUAAGCUUUACACCCCAACAUGGUCUUCUCAUUUGCAGUAUAUUAGUGUGAAUGCAGCAAAGGAUUUGAUGUUUGUGAUGAAGAUGCAAACAAGAUUUAAAAAUGUUCAGAGCAUUAAAAAUCAUUUAAAGACAUGGAGACUUAAAGCAUGCUAUUGUGCUAAUAUUAUCAUGAUGUGGUAGAGAUUGUACCACAACAUGCUUCUGAAGAUAAAUAUUUUAAAUGUCCAUGUUACAGCUCAGAAGUGGGAUGCACAUUCUCAGUAAAUGGAAGUUGUUCACAGUAUGUGCAACCAUUAUAUUCAAUGUAGUGAGUGCCUUUUGGAAAUAAAACUACUGAAUGAC